AUGCAAAACUUCUACGAAUUGAUUCCGAAGUCCAAGCUCAAGCGAUUCCCUAAGAAUGAGCACUUUGAGCUACCAUUUCGCAUGUGCGUGGCCUCUCCUAGUGGAUCUGGCAAAAGUAUCACUGUUCUCUACAUAAUCGCCCUUCUUAGCAAAUGCUUUACAAAAAUCCUUAUUUCUACAAAGUCCAAUGAAUUGUUGUAUGACCAUCUCAAAGACACUAUCGAUAAUGUGGAGAUUUUUGAAAACGGAGUCGUUCCAGCAAUGAGUGAAUACGACUCUGAGACUAGCAAACUGAUCAUCUUCGAUGAUUUGGUGCUCGAGCCAAAGAAGACACAGGCUCAAAUUGGACAGUACUUCAUCAGAGGGCGGAAGGCUGGGUUUAGCAUGAUCUACAUUAGUCAAUCGUAUUUUGGGAUUCCGAAGACUAUUAGAAUAAAUAGCCAGUAUGUGAUAUUGGGAAAGAAUCUUACGAACCGGGACCUCGGUAUCAUUUGUCGUGACUUCCCCACUGAUAUCCCAAUUAAACAUUCAUCGAUCUUUACAAAAAAGAAACUAGUGACAAGUUAUCUACGUUGA